UUCAUAUUCAUCAACGGGUCUUUCACCGUUGCUCGUGAUAACCACAAGUUGCUUGCUUAAUUUGGAAAAGCAGCUUUCUAAAAGCCAGCAUUAUAAUUUUGGAUUACACUUUCGGUUUUACGCUAUACAUCUAACAAAGUUUCACUGCUCGAGCAAGAACAAUGGGAGAUGUCUCAGCAGACAGCAUUACUAUCGAGAUGCUCAGAGAGGCAUGUGGGACUGUCAGAUGCAGUCCGCUGGAUGUGAUCAACACACCGAUGAUCCCAUGGUCCCAAACCACCCUUCCACUCAACAACCCCUGCAACAUUCACAUCAAACUGGAAAACAUGCAGAGGACCGGUUCAUUUAAGAUAAGAGGUGUUGCAAACCAGUUUGCCCGGAUACUUAAAGGGGGCCAUUUUGUGACCAUGUCUGCUGGGAAUUAUGGAAAGUCUUUUGCAUAUGCAUGUAGGCAUUAUGGAUCCAAAGGCAAAGUGGUGAUGCCAGAAACCGCCCCCAUCUCCAGAUCUGUUCUGAUACAAAGUUUGGGAGUUGAGGUUGAAAGAGCGCCAACUCCUCGUCUCAUGGAUGUUGUUAACCGAAGUGUUCAAGAGGACAGCAUGACUUUCCUACAUUCCUAUGAUGAUCCGGAUCUUAUCGCUGGACAUGCCAGCUUAGGUUUUGAGAUCCUGGAAGUUGUACCCUAUCCAGAUGUUGUGGUUGUUUGCUGUGGUGGAGGAGGGUCACUUGCUGGUGUGGCAGCUGCCAUCAAACUGUCUGGUUGUGAGAACACAAAGAUCUAUGGAGUGGAACCAGAAGGAGCAUGCACAAUGUACAAGAGCUUCAUUGAGAAGAAGCCUGUUGGUAUGGAUGCUAAAAGCAUUGCUUCAGGGCUAGCGCCACCAUUUGCAGGUUCUUUGCCAUAUGAGCUGUGUCAGAAGUAUGUGGAGAACAUUGUGCUGGUGACCGAUGAGGAGAUCAAAUCUGCAGUUGCCAUACUUUAUAGAGCUGGACUCGUGGUUGAACCUUCAGGCACUGCGGCUUUCGCUGCCGUCACGAAUGACAAAAUCCCAGAUAUCAAUGGCAAGAAUGUGGUGGUCAUCCUCAGCGGUGGAAACAUUGGCAAAGAUGAGCUUAGCAACUUUCCUGACUAAGUCAAAGGCUUAUUUAGAUAAUAAUCACAUUAAUAAUGUUUCUAAAGCAUAUAUGGGCUGUGAAGUUCCAUAAAAAUCAUUGUAUGGAAAAGAGUAGCAUAAAUGAUGGCAGAUUCAUGUUUGCGAUAACAACUACAUUUUGCCAAGUCGUUUAUGGGUUUAUAUCUAGUUAGUCAUAAUCUCUUGUUUUUAUGAUGAAUUGCAUUCAUAUUUUAAGUGCAAAACACUAAAAUGAUAAUGUAUCCUUUUUAGAAGUGAAAAUACUGUGAAUAAAUAAAGUGACGAAACAU